AUGGCCCAGGGAGGAGUAUCAGGUAUGGCCGAAGGAGGAAUAUUAGGCAGGAUUUCGGUAUCAGGCACGACCUAUGGAGGAGUAUCAGGCAUGGUCCAAGGAGGAGUAUCACGUAGGAUUUCGGUAUCAGGCACGACCUAUGGAGGAGUAUCAGGCAUGGUCCAAGGAGGAGUAUCACGUAGGAUUUCGGUAUCAGGCACGACCUAUGGAGGAGUAUCAGGCAUGGUCCAAGGAGGAGUAUCACGUAGGAUUUCGGUAUCAGGCACGACCUAUGGAGGAGUAUCAGGCAUGGUCCAAGGAGGAGUAUCACGUAGGAUUUCGGUAUCAGGCACGACCUAUGGAGGAGUAUCAGGCAUGGUCCAAGGAGGAGUAUCACGUAGGAUUUCGGUAUCAGGCACGACCUAUGGAGGAGUAUCAGGCAUGGUCCAAGGAGGAGUAUCACGUAGGAUUUCGGUAUCAGGCACGACCUAUGGAGGAGUAUCAGGCAUGGUCCAAGGAGGAGUAUCACGUAGGAUUUCGGUAUCAGGCACGACCUAUGGAGGAGUAUCAGGCAUGGUCCAAGGAGGAGUAUCACGUAGGAUUUCGGUAUCAGGCACGCCCUAUGGAGGAGUAUCAGGCAUGGUCCAAGGAGGAGUAUCACGUAGGAUUUCGGUAUCAGGCACGACCUAUGGAGGAGUAUCAGGCAUGGUCCAAGGAGGAGUAUCACGUAGGAUUUCGGUAUCAGGCACGACCUAUGGAGGAGUAUCAGGCAUGGUCCAAGGAGGAGUAUCACGUAGGAUUUCGGUAUCAGGCACGACCUAUGGAGGAGUAUCAGGCAUGGUCCAAGGAGGAGUAUCACGUAGGAUUUCGGUAUCAGGCACGACCUAUGGAGGAGUAUCAGGCAUGGUCCAAGGAGGAGUAUCACGUAGGAUUUCGGUAUCAGGCACGACCUAUGGAGGAGUAUCAGGCAUGGUCCAAGGAGGAGUAUCACGUAGGAUUUCGGUAUCAGGCACGACCUAUGGAGGAGUAUCAGGCAUGGUCCAAGGAGGAGUAUCACGUAGGAUUUCGGUAUCAGGCACGACCUAUGGAGGAGUAUCAGGCAUGGUCCAAGGAGAAGUAUCAGGCAUGGUCCAAGGAGGAGUAUCACGUAGGAUUUCGGUAUCAGGCACGACCUAUGGAGGAGUAUCAGGCAUGGUCCAGGGAGGAGUAUCAGGUAUGGCCGAAGGAGGAGUAUCAGGCAUGGUUCAAGGAGGAGUAUCACGUAGGAUUUCGGUAUCAGGCACGCCCUAUGGAGGAGUAUCAGGCAUGGUCCAAGGAGGAGUAUCAGGCAUGGUCCAAGGAGGAGUAUCAGGCAUGGUCCAAGGAGGAGUAUCACGUAGGAUUUCGGUAUCAGGCACGACCUAUGGAGGAGUAUCAGGCAUGGUCCAAGGAGGAGUAUCACGGCUGACACUCCACGUUAAACUGUUACCCUGUGCUUUAAUUCCUUUUCAGGGCGAUCGUGUUAUUUGA